UGGGUGUUUCCGGCCGACCGCCCGACGACGAAUUUCCAGCCUCCUCAUAUUCCCCCAACACCUUUCCCCCUUCAGCCUGCCCCGGGUUCGGGUUUUGUUUCUCGCCGGCAUGUCGGAGCCUCGGACCCCGCGCUUCAGCGAUAGAGCAGUGCAGGUUCUGCUGGAGCAGGUGAGGGCUCGCAGGGAGAUAUUUUUCCCCUCCGAGGGCAGGAGUGUGCCCAGGGAGAAGGUGCACCAGGCCUGGAUGGAGGUGGCACACUGUGUUAAUGCCAAGAGUGAGGUGCCAAAGACUUGGCUGCAGUGCCGCAAGAAGUUCAAUGGCCUGACCUGGACUGCGAAGGAGAAGUUGGCCCACAAAACAAGGAAAAGAACCAGUUGCGGGGAACGCCCAGCAUCUAUUCUAGAUCUCACCCAGAUGGAGCAGGAAGCCCUGGACAUCAUUGGGCCAAACAGCAGGAGAAACAUUGAGAAUGGCAAGGCCGGAGGCCAAGUACCACAGGAUCUGACUCAUUACCUAGGCUUUAUUGGACAGGAGAUGGAAGAGGAGCAUUUCACAGAAGAUGCACAGUCACCAGCCCCAUCUUUCCACUACAUCAGCACUGACCUAAACAUCUCCAGUGGAAUGGACGGUCAGCUAAAUGGAUCUUCACAUAAUGAAUUAUUCAGUAGUAAUGAACAGGAGCUGGACAUAGUGGAAAGGACCAUCCAGGAGACCGAUGACUCCAGGGCAACCUCUGGUCCUAGCUGUAUCGAAGAGGACAAAGAUGCAGAUCUCACAGGCCCAGCCUUUAGAAGAAAGAUUUUCCAGGAGCAUCAUCAGUUGCUCCAAGCUUUGGACAAACUGCCAAAGAGCUGCCUCACGCUGUCUGAGAGUGUAGAAGAGUCUGCAUCCAUCUUUUGUGGGGUUGUGGCACAAGGUAUCACCACCCUCCAGUCUACCAUGGAGCGAGUUGCCAACUCUGUCGAUGCAGCAAUGAAGCCCUCUGUCCAUGAGCCUGUGGCACCAACUUUGGCGUCACUGAUUGAGGCUCAAACAAGUGCUAUUCAGGCUCUGGCUUGCACCAUUUCCACUAGUUUGGAAAGGUUGGGCGGGCGUAUUGAUAGGGGGUUCGGUCACAUCUCAGACCUUCUGCAGUCUGCUCUGCCACAGCUCAAUGGCGGCAUGGAGUCACAGCCCCAUGUGAGUGGGCCAGCUGGAGUGUCUCUUGCUAGCCUCUCUCGGGGUAACAGCACGUAUGAUCCCUCCCCAUCUUCCGAAGCCCCAUCUCCUCCAGAAGCACCAUUGAAUCUGCAGGUGGCAGUCAGAUCCCCUCGAGGUCGAGCUCUUCGAGGCAGGCGUCCUUGAGCAUCCUUCAGACACUGACUGAGUUACACUAACUGCCAGUUCUCUGAACUGAAGCCACGAGGGAUUCACAACUAGGAAUAGCAAACGAUGACUUCAUAAAGGUACUACAAAAUGGUAUCUGGAAGACUGCUGCUAAUUGCAUAAGCAAUAAAAUAUUACUUAGUUUGCAAAUCUAAUAUACUUGGUUAGAUGGUUUGUAACCAUGCUGCUGUAAUGUCAACUGUUGGGGACAUCUGUGUUAGUGGUUGGAGGUAUCGCUGGAUGACUGAAGACUUGAACAUGCUGUUAAUGGGCAUGAGUUAAGUAGACUACUAUUCAGGUAUGAAAGACCAGGAAAUGUGGUACACAGUAGCGUUUUUUAAAUCUUUGUAACUUUCAGGCAACACUUUUAUCAGAAGUUGGCACAAAGAGUAGUAAAAGGCCACUCUGGCCUUUUGAGACUGUUCCACCAUUCAACAUGAUCAAUACCACAUUCUUGCUGAUUCCCUAAAGCAAGGGUUCCCAACAUUUUUUAUGCCAUGGACCCCUUGCCAUAUUGGGACCCACUUCCCUAAAGGUUAAUUUGGCAGGUUGAGUCAGUAGAAAGGAAGUCAAAUGCAACGUUGCCAUUCAUUUCAAGAGGACUGAAAUAUAAAAGCAAGAAUGUACUGAGGCUCUCUCAGGCAUUGGUCAGGCCACAUUUGGUGUACUGUGUGCAGUUUUGGGCUCCAUAUCUAAAAAAGGAUGCACUGGCAUUGGAGAGGCUCCGUAACUUUACGAGUAUGAUCCUGAGAAUGAAAGAGUUAAUGUAUGAGGACCGUUUGAUGGUCGUGGGCAUGUACUUGCUGGAGUUUAGAUGAAUGAGAUGAUGGGGGGGGUGGCAUAAAUCUCAUUGAAACAUACAAUAUUGAAAGGUCAAAAUAAACUGGAUGUGGAGUGGAUGUUUCCAAUAGUGAGGGAAUCUAGGACCAGAGGACACAACCUCAGUAGAAGGUGGUCCUUUUAGAACAAAGAUGAGGAGAAACAUCUUUAGCCCAAAUGCAGUGAAUUUGUGGAUUUUUUUGCCACAUACGGCUGUGAUGGCCAAAUCUUUGGCUAUAUUAAAACCGGAGGUUGUUAGAUUCUUGAUUAGUGAAGGCGUCAAAGGUUAUGAGGAGAAGGCAAGAAAAUAGGUUGAGAAGGAUAAUAAAUUAGAUGGAAUGGCAGAGCAGGCUCAAUGGGCUGAAUGGCCUAAAUCAGCUCAUAUGUCUUAAAGUCUUACUGCUCUUUUCCCAUAACUUUUUGAAGUUUUAAUAUCUAGAAAUCUGUAUACCUGCACCUUAAGUAUCUCUAUUGUCUUGGCUUCCCCAGUCUCCAGUGUUGGGGAGUUUCACACUGAAGAAAUUUGUCCUCUUCUCACUCCCAAAUGCCUUGACCCUGUCCUGAGAUUCUAACUUUGGUUCCGGCACACACCCCUCUUACAGGAAAGAUCCCUUGUGUAUUGGGUCUGUUGAGCCCUGUCAGAAUUCUGUAAGUUUCGAUGAGAUCUGCUCUCAUUUUUUUCUGAAAUCUAUUAGUAGUGGAGUGGGUAACAUAUCCUCUUUCAGACAAUACUGCCAUCCUGUGAACCAGUCUGGUGAUACUUUGUUGCACUCCUAUGACAAGUAUGUCCCUUGAGUAAGGAAACUAAAACUACACCAGGUGCUGCAGGUUGGCAUCACCGAUGCCCUGGGUAAUUGACUUGACUUGACUUGACAUUAUUUCUCACAUCCUUCACAUACAUGGGUAAAAUUCAUCUUAACUUUUGUUUUCAAAACCUGUGCAAUAAAAGUUAAUAUACCAUUUGCCACCUUAACCGCAUACUUACUUUCAUAGGCUGACGUACAUGGACACCCUUUGUAUGUCAGCAGUUCCCAAUCUGUCACCCUAACCUGGCAAGGACAACCGGAGAACAGAACUGGAGAUCAGGUCCUUUGGUUUUGAAAAUCGAGCUCCUUUGUCUUUUCGUUCGGGUGAGCCUUGUGAUGCUGAGGAAUUCCUAAGAACUUAUUUUUGAACUUUACUCUUGAGUAGUUGAACUGUAAAUAGUCUACUUCACAUGGUCCCACCGUAGCUACCUCAACCUUGACAUUUAUCUCUAUAUGUUAGCAUCUCUUUGAGAUGACAUGAUCUUCUGUAGGCAGCCAGGAGCAGCAUCACUUUCUGAUAUUGGUCUAAUUAUCCUUUACCAACAUGUUCUCUGAUUAUCCUCAAAUCUAAAUCCAUUUCUCAAUAGCCAAUUUGUAAUUUUGCUUUGAUUGCAUUGGUUGUGUCUCAGUUAUUCUACACUUGCUUCUCAUUCCUUAAACCAGCAUAGCACUCUUCCCAAACUCUGUUAAUUUAGGGUUUCGAUUGCAUUUCUUUUUAUCCAUGUUAUGAUAUAGGAAUGGGUUUGCUUGGUGGCCCAAACAUCUGUUUCCUUGAUAUAUGAUUCUGCAAUUCCUGGGGGGUGGGGGUAGUGGUUUAAUGUGGUCCUGAGCAAUUAUUGCCUCGAGAUUACCUUAAGAUCAAGCACGAAGCAUUCUAUAUCAAAAGAUUUAAACCCUUUGCUAGGAAUUUGGCUGGGUUGUGGAGAAGAUUGAUGAUCAAAUCUGCAGACGAAGAGCUGUGAUAUUAAUUGUUCAGGAAGAUCUGACACCCAGGAUAAUUUAUUGCUGUUCCAUCUCAACUCCAGUUUUUGCUUUAUUGUCUUCUUUGUUAGACGAUAGGAGGUAGGUGGUUUUAUAAGCAGUAGAAGUGUUUAAAAAUUAUAAAUAUUUUACUGACAAAUACGUUUUCACAGUUUUGACCAUUUGUUUAAUGUAGGUCAUUCACUUUAAUAACCAAAAAGCAUAAAUUGCUGCAAGCUAUAAGUACCAGAGGUUCUACAAGUGCUGGAAAUCCAGAGAAACACACAAAAUCCUGAAUAAACUCAGCAGGUCAGGCAGCAUCUAGGAGAAGGAAUAAACGGUCGACAUUUCAGGCGAAACCCUUCAGGCAAGUUUUGCAGAUUUUAUGGAUAGAAACCCAUGAUGGUUAAAAGAGACCUAACAGGCAGUAUAUAUGUAUAUUUAUGGUUAGUAUGUGUGAUAUGUACAAGGAGUUGACUUUAAUAUUAUAGACAGGUUUAAAGUAAAAAUGCAAUGAAGUUCUUUAUAUUUAGGAAUUAGAAAUUAUUAUGCCAUAAAAUAUUAAUAAUUUAUUUAUAGAGCAUUUUUCAUACAGAUGAUGUAGUUCAAAAUGCUUUACAAUGGGAUAAAAGUGCAAAUGUGAAAAUAGAAUAAAAAUAAACUUGAAAAUAAAAGGUAAUUUUAUGAUGCCAUAAUUGAAUGACCUUUAUUGUCAUUAUACAUAGGUACAAUGAAACUCUGUUUGGCUUCCUCUCAGGCAAUUAAAUAAAGCGGUAGAUAAAAUCAAGACAGUAAUAGAAAAGCAGUAUUAAAUAGAUAAGUAGCAGAAAAUAAGUUGCAGCAGUGCCAGAAUAUCACAGUAAUGCACAGAGUGCCGUUAGUGCAAGUAUUUGAGUCCUUGUGUGUACAUGUGUGUGCUCACAGUUUCAGUCAUUGUCCUGUGGGAGUGGUGUGAUGGAGGCCACAGCUCUGGGAUAGAAGCUGUUCCUCAGUCUAUUUGUUCUGGCUUUUAGUGUCCUGAACCUUUUGCUGGACGGCAGCGGGUCAAACAGGGAGUGGCGGGGGUGUGUGGUGUCUCUGGUUAUGCUGAUUGCUUUCCUCCUGAGUCUGCUGGAAUAGAUGGUGUCCAGUCCUGGGAGCUCCAUCCUGACAAUUCACUGGGCCGCCUUCACCACACGAUGCAGGUCUUGUCGCUCAGCGGCUGUGCUGCUGGCAUACCACACUGUGGCGUUGUCGGUCAGGAUGGUUUCAAUUGUGCUCCUGUAGAAGUUAAGCAACAGCUUUUGUGGAAAUUUGGCCUGUUUCAGCUUUCUGAAGAAGAAGAGUCUUUGUUGUGCCUUUUUUUACAAGCAGCGAGGUGUUGGUGGUCCAUGGCAGCUGUUUUGACAACAUAACUCCAAGGAACUUUAGGUUUUCCACACUUUGCACUACCUCUCCAUGUAUAUGGAGGGGGUGUGUACUCUGUCCUUUGAUCUCCUGAAGUCAAUGAUCAUCUCUUUUGUUUUAGAAGUGUUAAGGACCAGGUCAUUGUCCUUACAUCACUCCGUCAGAUGAUCCACCUCAAGCCUGGAGGCUGUUUCAUCCUCGUCCGAGAUCAGGCCAACCACUGUGGUAUCGUCCGCAAAUUUAAUUAUGGAGUUGGAGGUGUAGAUGGGGGUGCAGUCAUGUGUGAAGAGUGUGUAGAACAUAGGGCUCAGCACACAGCCCUGCAGGGUGCCUAUUUUUAAGAUGAGGGUGUUAGAGCUGUGCUUACCAAUUCUAACUUGCUGUGGUCGGUCUGUGAGAAAGUCCGUGAUCCAUGAGCACGGGGGGAACCAAGGCCAAGAGUGUUCAGUUUGCUGACCAGUUUAUGGGGGAUGACGAUGUUAAAUACAGAACUGAAUUCCACAAAUAACAUCCUCACAUAAGUGUUCGGUUCCUCUAAGUGAGUCAGAGCAAUAUGGAUGGCUGUUGUGAUUGCAUCCUCUGUGGAGUGGUUUGCCCGGUAGGCAGACUGGUGUUUGUCCAGAUCAGGUAGGAUUAUUGCCUCAAUGUGUGAGAGCACAAGUCUCUCAAAGCACUUCAUGGCUGUGGGUGACAGUGCUACAGGGCAAUAGUCAUUCAGGCACUUCACAGCUGAUUUUUUGGGCACUGGGAUGAUAGUGGAGGCUUUAAGGCAUGUUGAAACAACAGCUUGUUGCAGUGAGAGGUUAAAUAUACUUGUAAACACCUCAGCAAGCUGGUCAGCACAUGCUUUCAGUACCCGGCCGGGCACUCCGUCUGGGCCAGCUGCCUUACUCGCCUUCACUUUCCUCAGGGUGGGUCUCACCUGGUGUUGCUUAAGGACCAGUGUGGACUCAUCGUCAGGUAGGUUGAUGAGUGGAGCAGCCUCCUCCCUCUGAGUAUCAAAGCGGGCAAAGAACUGGUAUAGGACAUCAGGCAGUGUGGCGUCAUCAUCUGGCAGCAGAUUAUUGGAUUUGUAGUCUGUCAGCGCCUUGAUGCCAGACAUACUGUGGGGGUGGUUGUUAUCAAACCGAUUUUCAAUGCGCAAUUUGUAUUUGCGCUUUGCAUCCCUGAUGCCCCUGUGGAGAUUCCCCUGUGCUUCACUGUAGGCUUGUUUGUCUCCUGAUCUGAAGGCUGCAUCGCGCUCCCUGAGUAGUGCCCUCACAUUGCUGUUAAUCCAUGGCUUUUGAUUGGGAAGCACCUUAAUUGUCUUUUGUGUGAUUACAUUUUCUGUGCAAAACUUAAUUUAUCCUAGGACUGAACCACCAUAUUUCUCCAGGUCUGCUCCCUUUGCAAACAAGCCCCAAUCUGUGUUGUCAAAACAGUCCUGUAGCAUUGAGGUGGCUUCCUCAGACCACAUAUGUACUGUCCUGAUGGUUGGUUUUACUCCGCAGAUCGGUGGUCUGUAAGCUGGGGUCAGUGUGAGGGAGAUAUGGUCUGAUUGUCCUAGGUGUACAGAUGGGGUCGCUUUGAAUGCUCCUGGAAUAUUUGUGUAGACUUGGUCUAGUAUGUUAUAUUCUUGUGUCGGGAAAUUCACAUUUUUGUAAAGUUUGGGCAUGACCAGUUUAAAAUCUGUGUGAUUGAAGUCCCCUGCUACAAUGAUCACUCCGUCCGGGUGAGCCAUGAGCUGUCUGUUGGUGCUAUCAUGUGGCUUUUCCUUAAAAUCUUGAUUGUACUGCCCUUUUUUUCUUUCUUCUUACAGAAACAUCUGCAUGAUGCUAAGCUAGGGCACAUCAUCAGUGAUGUUACCUGGGGUCAUCAGGUGUUUCAACAUCACAUACCCUAGCCCAGGCGACCCAACCGGCAUUGAUCAGACCCCGGCCUGUGCCCUAGCAGCAACCCAUGGAUCUGCCCUCUUUAUCCAGAGCCAUCUUGAUGUUUUCUCUGCUGCAUCUGUGACGGUAGAAAUGGCUCUCCUUCUCUCUCCCGUGAUUCCAAGUUGCAGUGUAUACUUUGCAGAGCAACUGGCCUGCAAAGCUACGACAGCCGACCUCCACAGGCCAACACUUUGCUCUCCAGCCUCUUCUUUGACAGUUGUCCUUCAGAUCUUCAUUCUUCGCUCUUUUCCGCUCAUAUGCCUCCUCCAUGCGAUCUGCCCACGGCACGGUAAGCUCAAGCAUAAGAACGUGCUUCGAUGAGUCGGACCACAACACAGUGUCGGGCUGCAAUGUAGCCUCUGUGAUGUCGGGCCACAUAGUCUCUGUGAUGCGGGGAGGAAACUGCAGCUGUUUUCCCAGGUCUGCUUUUAGCUUCCAGUCCUGCGCAGUGAAGAGCAACCCGGUUGUUUUCUGGUGUUCUGUUGGUAUUUUCCCCUCUUUGACAAAGCAGAUGGUGUUCUUGACUGGACUUGUUUUCCGGCAGAUGUUAAGGCUGCUGCAGAUUGCCUCAGCAAUUGUCCGGAGGACCUGGUCAUACCGCCACCGAUAACGGCCAUUGGCAAGAGCUCUGGGGCAGCAGCUCAGAAUAUGCUCUAGCGUACUGGUCUUCUCACAGAGGGGGAACGCUGGUCAUUCUGCAGGGCCCCAGCAGUGCAGGUUGGAUGGGCUAGGAAGGACGUCAUAAACAGCCUGGAUAAGGAACUUGGUGCAGUGUGGAUCCACCUUCAAGAGAUUGUUCCACGUGAUCUUUCGCUCGAUCACCUGCUCCCAUUUGGUCCAAGCUCCUUGCUGUUUCAUUGCCACUGCUCUGCUGGUCCUAUCCUCCUCCACAGCUGCCCUUACUUCAUUCUGGACCAGUUCUCGUCGCUCUUUCCCUUGUACUUUGUCAAAGUGGGGGACUUCAAGGCUCCAACUCUUCCCUGGGCGACUGCCCCCACCAGCACUUUGUGGCGCAUUUGUGCCUCAGCUUCUUCCACUGCAGCCUCUGCUCUCUACUCUCUUCCAGUUCUCACCGCCACUCUUGCUCCGGCAACCUUUGGAUCUGAAGGUUCCCGGAACUGCAGCACCUCUCUUGCUCACAAAACCUUGAACUCCUCUUCGAUGGAUUUCAGGGGGAGCCUCAGUUUGCAGUUAUUCCCGUAUGGAGCAAUGCUGCUGAUGUUCUUUGGUAAACCCAGCCAUCUUCGCAGGAACCGGCUGACUACCCUUUCUAAUUCAGCAACAGUGGAAAUUGGAAACUCACAGAGAAGCAGUGGCCAGAGGAUUCUUGGUCGUAUACCGUGCUGGUAAAUCCAUGCCUUAAACCGCCCAGGAAGGCCACUCCUGUCAACCUCUUGCAACCAUUGUUCAAACUCCCCACAGGUGUUUCUUAUUGCCGCCUUAUCUCUGAGUGUUGCAUCAAACAUCUUCCCAAGACUUUUAACAGGGUUCUCUGUGAUGGUAGGAAUUGGAAUGUCCUCAAUAGAGAAACGAAAUCUCUCCUGUACUCUCCCCUUCUUCAGCACUGCAGAUCUUGAUUUUGCAGGCUUAACGGACGUCCUUGCCCACCUCAUCAACCUUUCCAGCCCUUUAAGAAUCCACCAGGCACUGACUCCGUAGUGAUAGGUCAGGCGGGAGGAGAAGAUGGCAGCGCGCCGCACGUGCGCAGCUCUCCAGUGAAAAAUGAUGUUGUAUCUGUUAAAUAGGGGCCGUGGGCAAUUUUGAUUUGAUGGAGAAUGGACGUGAAAGCACAGAGGAACAUCUGGAGAAAUUUCUGAAACGCCCGUUCGCUGCUGUCGUUACUGUGCGGUCGGGAAUCUUUCGGAGGGUAGGCCUCAAAAUCCCCGGCCUUGCCUGCUUUUGGCGACCGAGAAAGAGGUCGAAUUGCUCGGACAGAGAUGGCGCUCAGUACUCGGUGUCGGAGAGCUGAUCAGAGCUCGAAGUUUUCGGAUGACUCAGAGUCAGGUUGUGGUCGGCAUGGCAGGGAGAGUUUUUCUUCCCUCUCCCGUCUGCGUGAGAUGUGGGACAUUUGAGAAACUUUGAACUUUACUGUGCUCACGGACUUCAUCAAGUUAUGGUAUUGUUGCACUGUUGUAACUAUAUGUUAUAAUUAUGUGGUUUUGUCAGUUUUUUCAGUCUUGGUUUGUCCUGUGUUUUGUGACAUCACACUGGAGGAAAUAAUGUAUCAUUUCUUAAUGCAUGUAUUACUAAAUGACGAUAAAAGAGGACUGCGUGUCUUCAUAAUCUAGAUCAUCCAUGAAGGGUCGUAUUGGUGGUUGGCGGACCCCAGAUCUUGAUUUCAGGCCUCGACACUCUGGCUCUGCAGAUUUUACCAGCAUAUUCAUUGCCAGGGCGAAAAGGAUGACUGAGAUGGUGCAGCCUGUGAUGAUACCAAUCUCCAGCCUGCACCAGUCUGAUGUUGUUGGCCCUGCUGAGACUCUCAGGUGGAACUCGUUGUAGUAGUCCAUAAGGAGGCCUCUGAUUCCUUCAGGAACAUGGUGCCUUUUCAGAGGGUCUUCAACAAUUUUAUGGGGGAUUGAUCCAUAGGCAUUGGCCAAAUCCAACCACAAGACCACUAAGGCACCCUUAUUCUCUCUGGUCUCUCUCAGGAGCUGUAUGAUGACUCCAGUGUGCUCCAAGCAGCCUGGUACUCUUGGAACGCCACCCUCCUGGACUGAGGUGUCGAUGUAAUUGUUCCUCAGGAAGGACUCUGUUAAGCACUUUGCCACCACGCUGAAGAAGAUCUUCCCUUCAACACUCAGCAAGGAUAUUAUCCUAAACUGGCUGAUGUUCUAGGAGUUCUCUUUUGGAAUCCACACUCUGUUUGCAUACCUCCAUUGCUUGAGCACUUUGCCUCUCUUCCAGACGACCUUGAGGAUUCUCCACAGCCGCCGGAGAAGCCGGGGGCAGCGUUUGUAGAUGUAGUAGGUGGUGCCACUCGGACCAGAGUUUCAACUCAAUAAAACCACAGCUUCUCAGCAUUUUUGCUCAAAAUAUUAUGUGUCACAUGAAACUACCUGUCAUUCUUUCAAAUUUUGCUGAAUGUGGGUCCUUGGCAAGAUUUAAAAAAAACACUAGAUUAAUAUAUCAAUAAGUUCCUAAUGUUAUUUUCCUGCCUCUGGCAUAAUAGUAUAUGGGAUUACACACCAAAUGCUGGAAAAACUCAGCAGGUCAUGCAGCAUCUAUAGUGGGGAAUAAACAGUCGACGUUUUGGGCCCAGACCCUUCUUCAGGAACAAUAUUUACCAGGAUUAAUCUUUUGACAUACAUAUGUUUUUACGAUUUUUUCUAUGUCUUGCUCAUAAUUUUAAUUUCUUCCUCUGACCUUUAGGCAUCCUUUCCAUUUUUAAGUAACUGUCCAAAAUGUCAAGGUUAUCUCUUGUUUGUUAUCGUUGAACAGUGCUUCAUUCAAUCUAAUGUAGUCACAACCCACAGCUCAUCUCAUAGAUAUUUCUGAAUAAAAUGGAUAUUGUCACAGUAGCAUAGCGGUUGGCGUGAUACUAUUAGAGCUUGGGUUGUUGGGUUUUGGAGUUCAGUUCCAUCACUGUCUAUAAGGAGUUUGUACAUUCUCCCCGUGACUGUGGGUUUCCUCCUGCAGUCCAGAGGUGUACCAGUCAGUAAGCUAAUUGGUCAUUGUGAAUUGUCCUGUGAUUAGGCUAGGAUGAGGUAGGUGAGUUGGUGGGCAAGGUGGCUCAUUUGGCCAGAAGGGCCUGUUCUGUGCUGUACCUCCAGAUAAAAAUAAAAUAUUAAAUUUGGGUCCUGUAAACUUCGCCUCUGAUUGGAUGUACAUGCAGCUGAUGACCUUUUUUCCACUGGAAGAAACAGGAGUCAGAAGUUAAGAGUAUGGACCUGAUUUUAAAAUAUUCAACCUCUUGCAUUGAAGAUUUGAUGAGGGAAGAAGCUUUGGAUGGAAGACGGUGUAUCAUGGUAGCUUCCAGUCAAUGUUUCAAGAUUUUCUUGAGGUAUUGUUAUGAUUUAUGAUCAACUGAGCGAGAGAUGUUUCCUGUUCAGAUGCCCUAGAUGCACUUAGUCACGCCCCUUCCAGGGAAAUGUACCAAAUCUUGGGCAGAUAAAUUUGGCAGACUGUUUAGAAAUGGCAUUUAAUGUAUAAAGUUAGGGCAGUGUUAUUUAUACUAGAGGAGGCAAAGAGUGGCCAAAUGAUUCAUUGUGCUAUGGGAUUACUGAAGGGUGUUGCAGCAUUCUGAGACAGGUUCAGAAGUACUUCUGAACUUGUGUUCCAUUAUGUUCCACAGUAAGUUCAAAGAAAACAACGAGGUAUGGAUAUUUCUGUCCCCACUCCCCUCCCCUGGCCUUAAACCAUUGUGAUGCAGGAGCCAGAGGGGAGAUGUCUACAUGACCUUGUCAAUCACUCCUACUUUGAUUCCCUUUUUACCCUGCUGCAUCGCUUUCUCCAACCAGAAUGGAAUGAUUGUAUUUACUCCACUUCCUUCACAACAACACUUAAUUGAGGGUCUUGAAGGCUUUGACUCGAGCAGUAAAAACCAAGUCUAAGGCAAAAGAAGGCUUUCUGCCAUAAAAUAGCAGUGAAGUUUUGGGCAGGAACUGAUAAUUCCUGUCUAUAGGUUAGAUUCUGUAACUUACACAAUAAAUGUGCACAGCACAAUAAUUAUUAGUGUAGGAAGUUGUUAGCAAUGCAUUCCACAUAUUUAAAAGCACACUAAUUCAUUUAAUGUCAAACUACUGCAAUGUAUUCUCCCAGGAAACAUUAUUUCACAACUUCCAAAAGCUGACUGAUGAAAUUAGUGCUUUAGUGCUAGCACAGAACAGGCCAUUCAGCCCACAAUGUUUUGCCAAACCAGCAAAAAAGCAAAUCAAAAAUUUGCUGAAGAUUGUUCUUCCCAUGGUAUUAAUCAGAGUGUUUAAGGUGUCUUAAUGAUAUUUUAGAUGUUUUAUCAAUACUUUACGGAUUUUUUUUUAUCCGAAGCUGCUGUAUUUGGUUAAUGCCUUUCUCCUUUACAUAUCAUGUGCUGGGCCAACUCGCCAGAUAUCAAUGGGUACACUGCAGUGUGGAUCUCCCAGCUGUGUUGCUUUUUAGAAUGGGAGGUGACUUGGGAGGAAAAAAAUGUCUGGUGUGCAGUAGGUUCAGCUUGAACCCCAGCUUCUCCUCCAAAACCAUGACAGUCCUGUGAAGUUAGAUUGUAUCUAUGGUGUACGUGUAUGUUUUAAAUUGGAUAUGAGGAACUAUGAAGUGGGGAAGUUAGGGAACUUACUCUGCCCUAGGCCAAUUGGGCUAAAGAUUUCAAUGUAAUAUACUAUAUUUGACUUCUAUUUGCUUUGUGUAUCCGCAGUUGAAAAUAAUACUGAUAUAUAUUCUCAUGCUGUUUUGAAUUUAUUAAACCUUCCAAUCUGAUUUGUAAUUUGUAUGUAAUUUGAACUGAUAUUUUUGCAGUUUGUUAACCUGUCUAUAUUUUCCACAAUCCAUAGCCACAAAAUGAGAUUGUUCUUUUUAAUCUUUAACUCACCGAGGGUCAUGAAUUCAGUCACAAGCAAGAGAAAAUCUGCAGAUGCUGGAAAUCUGAGCAACACACACAAAAUGCUGGAGGAACCCAGCAGACCGGGCAGCAUCGAUGGAAAAGAGUACAGUCGACAUUUCGGGCCAAGACCUUUGAGUCCCGCCGAAGGGUUUCAGCCUGAAACAUCGUCUGUACUCUUUUCCAUAGAUGCUGCCUGGCCUGCUGAGUUCCUCCAGCAUUUUGUGUGUGUUGCAAGGGUCAUGACUUAAUGGUUUAAUAUAUAUUUCCUAUAAGAUGGUAAUUAAUUUCAAUCAUUAGGAACACUAAGAUGUACGAAAAUUUUAAACCUGAAUUCUGUAAAUUUUAUCUUGUAAUCAUUAUUGCAGUUGAUGCUAUAAUUUCUUAAACUGUGGGAUGCAAGAUUUUAAUUAAUGUUUUUAUAAUUUUUAGACAUUGAGAUCUUGGGAUAUACGGUGGCUUCCAGUUAUUUGGGCCAUUGGUUAAUCGGGCAGCUGUUUAUUUGAGACAAAAAAGAACAAAAACAAAUCGAGAAAUUAGCUGGUGUUGCCUUUGUUUAAUUGGGACACUGUACUGCUUAAUUGGAACAGGAGACUUGUAGAACAGUUUCUAACUAGCAAGCACUUGUGUGGCCAUUAGAAACUAUGCUGUGCUUACAGCGAACAGUUUUUAAAUGGCUUCAGUUGCAUGUACUUGUGUUAUCCAUUUGGGCCAAAAGGCACCGAUUCAAAAUAUCAUGAUUUUUGAUCACUUUGUGCCAGGAAAUUUAUUGGUGGAUUAUGACACUACUUCAGGCAGGAAGGCAGAGGCAAAGAUUUAUCUGCACUUAAGUGUCUGCGCUGAUUUUGUUCAAUUACAAUCAAUCAAAAGAGCACGACAAUGUACCCUGGUUAAUACUCCAUUGAUAACUACUGUAUUAGGAACUAGUACACUUCUAUAGUAGUAUUGGUAGUGUUCUAAUUUGUUCUGUAUUUCAUUUAAUUACAUAAUUAGUUACUCAGUUAAACAGUAGUUUGUCUUUUUUAUACCUUUUUAACUAUUUCCAUGAAACUUCAGUUAAUUAGGGCACCCAUUUGAUUGGGCCAAAAUGUACUGGUCCUGAUGUGUCCUAAUUAACCGGAAUCCACUGUACUUCGAUCUUAACGUUUGCAAGUUGUGUCAAUAUUUGAGUGAUACCACAGUGUUCCUUAUGGAGAUUAUUAUAUUGUGUUAUUCAGCUGAUAAAGAACAUGGAUUUUAUAUCUUUGUACAACUACAGGGAUCUAUGUAUACUGUAUCUAUUGGGAUUAAUACUGUAUUAUUCAACUCUAAAUUAAACUUUCAUUUCACUGUACACUUUGAAAAUAGAA